AUGAACAAAAUUAGAUCCAACAUUGUUGGACACAAAAUAUGGGUUUCGGUGGAUGAAACCACCGAUGUUCAAGGAAGACAUAUUGCCAAUAUUACUAUUGGAACAUUAGAAAUAGACAAAUCAGGGAAAGUUUACAUAUUUUACUCGGAGGUGCUCGAGAAAACAAAUGAUUUGACCAUCACUAAAGUUUUUGACCGGUUGAUGUUUUUUCUUUGGCCUGAUGGUAUACGUCAUGAUGACAUAAUGCUAUUCGUCAGUGAUGUGGUGCCGUACAUGAUCAAAGUAAAAAAAUCAAUAGGAGUGCUUUAUUCUAAGAUGGUGCCUAUAACGUGUGAAGCACAUGGUGCACAUAGAGUUGUUGAGGAAACAAGAGGACGAUUUUCAAAUGUUGAUAAAUUGAUUGCCAAGGAAAAUACCAAAAAACAGAAUGGACAUAGCCUUGAUAACCAAAAGGACCAAAACUUAAAAAAUGGUAAUAAAGCCACAGAAUAUCUUUUGAGAAUAGUGCAGCUUAACGUUGAAGGUAUGACCAAGUCAAAGGCUGAAUUAAUCAGCCAUGUUUUCCAUCACGCGGACAUUUUAGCACUGCAAGAGACCCAUAUUUCGGAUGAUCAGCUUGGAAAGCUAAAGAUCCCAGGCUUUCAGCUGAUCGACUACAUAGGGCACAACAGACAUGGCAUGGCUACCUUUGUGAGUCAAGACUUGGACCCAAAAAACAUAAGGAGGUUAGAGGGAAACAAGCAUACGGUCGGAAUCGAGAUAGGGAACACAAAAAUUUUUAACAUAUAUAAACCACCGUCGGAAAAAUGGACCACAUCUGUUCUACCACUGGCAGAGCACCCUGCAGUUUAUAUAGGAGACUUCAACUCGCACAACAUGGAAUGGGGCUAUAAUAGUACAGAUGAUAAUGGAGAAACCCUCAGCAACUGGGCUCAAUUAAACCAUCUCCAGUUACUGUAUGAUGCUAAACAAGGCGGCACUUUUAAAUCAGGAAGAUGGGGUUCGAUCACAUCCCCUGAUUUAUGUUUUGUCACUAUGGACUCUAGUAAUGUGCCCCUUAAAGCAAAGCGGCGAAUAUUACAAGAAUUUCCCAAGAGCCAACACCUUACUGUUCAAGUGGAUAUUGGUCUAAAUCUAACUAUAGUGAGUAAAUCAAAAUUUAAUAGAUGGAAUGUAAGGAAAGCAGAUUGGGUCAAAUAUACAACUUACAUGGAAGAAAAUAUAAACCGCAUUGAGCCAAUACCACUUAACUAUGACAGGUUUACAAAGUUAAUCAAAAUGGCAGCGGGUAAAGCUAUUCCUAGGGGACAUAGACAGGAUUAUAUACCUUGUUGGUCAAAAGAAUGCGACAAACUAUUAAAUGAGUACGAACAAACACAAUCCGGUGUAACAGAAGACCGGCUAAUCAGAUUACUAGGUGAAGAACGGAGACAAAGAUGGGUUAAAGUCAUGGAAGAGAUGGACUUUUCCCACUCAAGCAGGAAAAGCUGGGACCUAUUAAGAAAGCUAGGCUCCGCUCAACCUACCAGAAAAGAACAUGGCAUCGCAACAAACGCAGUUGCAAGUAACCUUUUCAAAACUUUGAACAUUAAAUCUACAAAACAAAUGACCAUUAAGAUUAAAAAUCAAUACAAAAAAAAACUAGACAACUGUGAAGAAAGUUCUGCUUUAAUGAACGACUUUGUAGAAGAAGAGGCCCAUCUCGCCUUAAAAAAUGUCAAAAAUGGGAAAGCAGCAGGUGUCGACGGAAUAAUACCGGAAUUUAUCAAAAACCUAGGUCCUAGAAGGAGACUUUGGCUUGCUCGCUUUUUCACGUCGGUGGUCAACAAAGGGACAUGGUGCGAAGCGAAAGUCGUGGCCAUCCUAAAGCUAAAAAAGUCGGGAAAUGACCCGAGAAAUUAUAGGCCAAUUUCGUUACUAUCAGUAAUAUACUAG